AUGUCGUCCAGGUCUGGGUUGAGCUCGACGCUGGGACAUAUCGAUGAGCUCUGCCAGCAGAAACCAAAUUUGCACCUCCUGUUGCGAGAUCAGCAGAUGCCUGUGAUGAUGAACGACAAAAGCGGCGUUGAACCUGUCGAUGGCGGGCGAGACGGCGUAUAUCACGAUCCACUAGAUGUCCAUCGGAAGGCUGGAAGCACGGAUCUCUGCCGUGUAGGCGAUCAUAUUGAAGCGAGUGUUCUGAGCUUGCAUGAAGACACCGAGUGUGUACGCGAAGUUGACCUAAUGCCGCUGCUGGUACACUCCACUCGGCUUCUAGCUCGGUUACUGAACCGAUUUGGUACGACGGGCGCCAGAUAA